CGCACUGUACUAUAAUCAAGUACCAGACGGAGGACAGGUCGCGAGCAAGAGGUGAAUCUUCGGCAUGUAUUUUCGAAGUCCGGGCAUCGGUGAGUGUUUUGAAAAUAACAAAGACAUACUGUACUUUGUGAAUUUAAAAACCUAUGCUUUAUCAAUCGUAUCUAUUAACAAGUUUGCAACAGUGUGAGUUUUUGAUAUAAAAAAAAAAUGCGCAGUAGCGUCGUUGAAAUGCAGCCCGACUAACCAGCUGUGUCAGGCAGAUAGUGGCAUCACGGUUGUUUUCUUUCAAAUGCAAACACUUCCGGCAGCUCCGCAGCGUUUUUAAAGUGUCUUCAGGCUUUUGUUUUAUUUUGUUGAUUAAGAAAUAUAUUAUUUAUGGAAGAAAUAUAGGCGUGUGCACGAAGUCCAUGUUAUAGGCUAUGUUAAUUGUUGUGCAUUGUCAACAGUGCCGCACAAAUAGGAAGGUAAAAAAAACAAAAUUAAAUUUCACAAAUUAAUCUCAAAACACCUUCAGGCGAAAUAUCAUUAUAGACCUGGUCAGACAGCUGUCAUGAUCAUGUUAUUAUUUCAGCAAGAAUAGUGCCACUCAGGUUUUGGGAGCAUUACGUGAGCAUCUACCUGUCUGCAAUCUAACCUGAGGUGCCAAAUGAACAAACGGCUCUUGUACAGUUUAGUGCAGCCUGCCACCAAAAUGAGUGGGCUCUUGCAAACCCCCACAUUAUCAAUGUAAUACAGUAUUAGUAGCCUUGAUCUCUGGUAGUUGGAUUUUUAAGUGUUUCCUUGACUUAUUUGUUCUGUUACAUUUCAGGCAAUUGCAGUACACUAGCCAAACCGACUGCAUUAUACUGUAGUCCGGCAAUCUGUCACAGGAAAACCACUAUUUGGUCAUUAUGUAACCAGGACCGGCUUGCGACAUAAGCGGGUGCUUAGGGCCCUCAUCCGUUUUCUUUUUUUUAGGAACUGUCUGGUUCUCAAUUUACUGUUGAAAGUUAGAAUAGUAGAAUACACAAGGUGCAAGUUCGAAAUUUGGUUUUGAAUCACCAGUUUAAUUGUUUUGUCAGUCACUGACAGACACUCAAUAAGCAAAGCAGCUAACAAUUUUUAUAGUGGCAAAUUAGCCUAGCCAGUUAUCUAAACUUGUAGUAAUCAUGGCCGAAUACCGACCGAGCACGCAGGGCACAUGCCCAGGGGCCCCCCAUUGAUUUAGCUAGUCACUCUCACGCAGAUAUCAUGGCAUAAGUCAUGGAAAAAUGUGUAGAAUUGCAGGAAAUUAGCUUUAAAACUCAAAAAAUGUCUCUACCCCAUUGCAAACAGAGUAGAAUUGCAUGACAUUUGUUAUACAAUUGCUAAAUUUUCUCUCCGCCCCAUGGCAAAAUGUUUAGAACUGCAGAAAACGUGCUUUAAAACAGCAACAUUGUCUAUACGCCCCAUGGCAAAAUAUGUAGAAUUGCAGGAAAUGUACUUUAAAAUGUAAGUUUCUCUCUGCUGUAAAGAGGGCCACUAUUUAUUUUGCCCGCUUGGUGGGGGGGCCCCCCAACCAAAUAUCGCUUAGGAUCCCCAAAAGGCUAGAGCCGGCCCUGUAUGUAACACUAUUACUCUAACCAUAUUGCAUCCCCAUUUGAAUGAAUUAUUGUCCUGAAACAAUUCUCAUGUGGCUCUGUGUUGUUCAUCUCAGUCAACCAGCCUUAUUCGCUAUGUAUGAUGUAUGCAGCAGAGCAAUGUGCAAGUGGCAAUAAUUGUAGUGCCCUACAAACCUAUACAUGGGUUAGACCGAGACAGUAGAAACUGCUGAUCAUCCGGUCAGACUGAAAUAGCUUCUAGCAGUGAGGUGGGAGUCAUCCGGUGUGAAGUCAUCAUCCGCUGCUGUCCAGGUUUGGAGGUACCCGUUUUGGCACUCUGUCAUGUAAAUAUGCUAGUAGUUCACAGAAGUCGGCCACUAAACUUUGCAGGUUGUCAUGAAGCGACUCCACCCAUGUGUAACUGUUGAUGAAUCAUUAUGAUGAACCUAACACUCACUCAUCACCAACAAUUAGAUUGCAAAUAUUAAGCCCAAGUGGGUUUGUCAGGACAACUCAAACCAUUGAACUUCACUUGAGUGUUCUAAAUCAAGAGUGAUGUCUGCUCUUCCAAUUACAGGCUAAACAAUGCAUUGAAUUGCGAGGGCAGCAACAAGCCAGGUACGCAGAGCCUCAUUGUCCCAUCACCCCACCCCAGUAUGGAGAACCUAGAGGAGGACCUGACAUGUUCGGUGUGCUAUUCCCUCUUCACUGAUCCUCGGGUCCUGCCCUGCUCCCACACCUUCUGUAAGUCCUGCCUGGACAACGUACUCCAAGUCUCUGCCAUCUACUCCAUCUGGCGUCCGCUGCGGCUCCCACUCAAGUGCCCCAACUGCCGCAGUGUGGUAGAGCUCCCGCCAACGGGUGUUGACGCAUUGCCCAUAAAUGUCUCCCUCCGCGCCAUCAUUGAGAAGGUAACCGUUUAAUACUUUUUUAUUUGAUCUUAGGGCAUAGUCACAUUGGGGCAUAUCUUUAUAGGGUACAGUAUAAUGAAGAGGUAUAGAAUUUAUUUUAUUCCCAAAUGUACCUGUCAGUUCCAGAAGGACAGCCAACCACGGCCCCCCUCCUGCCUUGAGCACCACCGACAGCCCCUCAACGUCUACUGUGUCCAGGACCGCCAGCUCAUCUGUGGCUUCUGCCUAACAGUGGGCCAGCACCAGGGCCACCCCAUCGAUGACCUGCAGGCAGCCUUCAUCAGGGAAAGGCAGGCGCCCGCUCACCUGCUGGGGAGGCUCUCAGACCACCGCUGGGCAGAGGUGAUUUAUGUUUAUUUACCAGUAAUAAUGGAUUUAAUGCAUUUGACCAAUUUAUUUUGUAGUCUUCUGGAUAGUUUACCUGAAGUGUUAUUUCCUGAAGGUGUGUGAGCUGGGGGAGCUGCUGGAGCAGGAGAAGGCCAGCUGUGAGGGCCUAGUGAGGCAGGACCGGCAGGCUGUGGAACAGUACUUCCAGGGGCUGGAGCUGGUGCUUGCCAGGAAGAAAGAGGCUUUCAUGGGGGCCCUGGACACCGCAAGCGUGGAGAUGUCGCUGACCUACGAUCCACUCAUCCAGAGGCUGAAGGAGCUGCAGGUAAGGAUAGCCUGGGGUCGGUGUUGUUGUCAUGACAUUACUUCCUCACCAUUGAUUGUAUAUUAUGGUGCCUUCCCCACAGGAGGAGCAGCUGGACUUGUUGUCUCUGGGCUCGGCCGUGGAGGACGAAGACUCUCCGCUGGUCUUCCUGGAGAAGGUGUACAUGUUCCGGGAGAGGGUGGAGGCGCUGGUAAAUGCCCCCCUGCCCAAAGUCACAUCCCUCUCCAUCACACCCCGUGCUGCUGAGUACCUGGAACAGCACUGGGCGGGGGUGACCAUCGGAGGGCUGGAUGAAGGGCCGGUGCCUCAGGUCUUCUGCUGUGCCAAGCCCACCAUUCUGGAGACGGUUCUUAGGACAGAAGCAGGGAGUCACCCUGGAGGCUGGGUCCAGGAUCUGUGGCUGCAGCUCCAGCCCACUCCCCCUGUGGUGCUCCUGGGGCUGCUGCUGCUCCUGGUGGCAGUGUGGGUGAAUCCUGUUGGGGGAGCAUCUCUGGGCUUCUCCCUGCUGUCCCAGCUCAGUCAGAUGGUGCACGGCCUGAGCAGCGAACUGACCACCUCACUAUGGGGGACAGCAAGCUUCCUGUAUGCACAGACAGGUGAGGUGGUGUGUAGGUACAGCUCUGCCCUCUCCACACUGGGGGAGAACACCUACCAGCAGAUGGCAUCCCUCUACAAGACCUUCAGCUACUGACAAAAAGACAUGGGUCUUCACUUCAGGAAGGACCCCAGCUCCUCAUGACAGCACCACCUGGUGAUGUAAGGUCUUAAUGUCACCCGUUACACUUUGGUUUUGGUUGGGAAUUCAUGCUAACUGUGCCUAUUGAUUGGAAAAUUCCUGAUGCAGCAGGAUACAGUUGACAGAAAACAGGCGUUACUUCUGGGACUAACCCGGACCCCAGAUAAAGCUUAUCACAGGAAUAUACUGCCUCAUGUACCAGAAAGUGAAAAACCAUGAAAUGCAUUCAGCAGAUUGGAAGCAGUUGUUUACAUUUUAGUCAUUUAG